AAAACUGUAUGUUCUGGCGCUACAAGGUUAUAGCAGACUUGUCAAGACCAAUGUUAGAUAAAAUAGGAGAAGAAAUAGCAUAAUAAGUAAAGUUUCCAAUGGCUACUAUACAGGUUAGAAGCAAUAAAGUUUUCAGUUAAUUUAUAAGGACUUGAGACUUGAACUCACAUAUAAAAUAUUAGAAUACAGCCUGUAGGUUUGUUUAUUUGAACUUUAAUUCAUAGUAUAAGUUGCAUAAGGUUAUAUGCCAAUCAAUAGGCCUGCACCGUUUGCAAGGUUGUCUGUGAUUGGCUAGUGUGUUAGUUCCGGUGGUCAUAGUGGUCGACCAAUGAAAACCAGCUUCUUUUUAUUAUUCACCUUCACAGGAAAAAAUAACAGAUUCCCAUUUUUGGAUAUUUUAGGGUAUUUAAAGAAUACCCACAAAAAUCCCAAAUUUGGAAGAGUGAGACAUGUCCCAACCGGGCGUCUGGAAAGGCCGGAAACCGGAAUCCGGAAUAGGAACGGGAAUGGGAACAGGAACCGGAACCGGAACCGGAAACGGGAAGGGAACAGGAGGGCGUCUGGAAAAGCGGGAAACCGGAAUCCGGAACAGUAAUGUGAGGGGAACCGAUACAAGAACAGGGACAUCAUUUACUUUAAAUUAUUUUAAUUCUAAUUCAAUCUGUACAAAAAAUAAGAAGACUAGUCUGGUAUCAUGCUCCCCCCCCCCGAAUCUCUUUAUAUUACGGCAACGAGAAGGUAGAAAAAGUCGCAAGUUAAAUAAGUAAAGCAGCAGCUUUGCGAGUGCAUCGCGCUCCUGUCAAUUUCUUCACCGCCUAUGCACAACUACGACGUAAAUGAUUAAAUCUUAAGUUCUCUUGAGAAUGUGAACGGCAGGCGAUAAAUUUUAUUGAGUCUUUCUGAGCUCGGACGCGGUCUCAUUUCCCAACCUUUAUAAGACUGGACAAUUUGGAAUUUAUAAGAAAUAGUUUGAAUUAAGACCCGAAAUCAAUUUCUCAGUGGCGUUUUCGCUGGCGUUGCCGUUGUCAGAUCUUAAGGUUCCUUUUGUCUCUCAUAGGAAGGAGGUUGUAACAUGUUAAUAUUAUUUGUCAGACCAUGUGUAAACGAGACACCCAUCGGAGACGUUUAUUGGGCUGCCAUACAUCUCAGGUUUGCUGCAUAGAUAUGUUGUACUGUGCUUAAUUGGGAAGUUAACCAGAGAUAGAUAGUCCACAGCUUAAAAAGGGUAUUAACACGUACUUCCUCACCCUCCCCCCCCCCCCAUCCCCAUCCCAGUCAGCACUUCAUCUAGAUCUACCUCAACCGAGUGCAAUAGGGACCUUAAUAAGCAACCAGAACAUUGACGUCCAGGACAUUAAGAAUGGAAACUGAAAGUGGAUGUUUUCUGUCUUUAAUUCGGUGCUUUGACUCAACAAAUUCGCACAGUGGAAGGUAAGAGGAAGAAUUCAGAUUCGUUGUGUGAGACAGAAGCGUUCCAUCAAGCGACGGUCAGCGUUCUCGUUGCUAAGUUCGCUAUUAUGUUUGACACGAAAACACAAUGUGUCACAGGCUAAAGAUAAAGAAAGGUUAAUUAGAUUAACAUUUCAAGGGUGUUUUCUUAUUUCUUUAAUUAUUUCUCUGGCGUUUUAUUUAUAUCACGAUUAUAUCUUUUUCUUUUCAUAUUUCUAUACAAUGUUUGUAUUCCCCAUCCUAUUCCGGUUGCUAUUCCAUUUUUUUUCCUUUAUUUUUCGUAUAUAAUCUGAAUAGGAAUUAAAUCCAGAUUAACUUAAAUUAAGGUAAAUGUUGUCCCUGCUUUUAUAUAGGUUUCUCUUGCCAUUCUGGUUCCUAAUCCGGUUCCGGUUCCUGUUCCUGUUCCUACUCCCGUUCCUAUUCCGGAUUCCGGUUUCCCGCUUUUCCAGACGCCCGUCCCAACCAGGGAACUUGGUUGGGAAUUCCCUGGCUGGGACUUGUCUCACUUUGCCAAAUCUGGGAUUUUUAGGGGUAUUCUUUUAAUACCCUAAAAUAUCCAAAAAUGGGAAUCUGUUAUUUUUUCCUGUGCUUGUCCCUGGUAAACCAUUUCAUGCUGAUUUUCAUCAUCGAGGAUUGUGGGGAUUUAGUUUUGUCUGGUGUGCGAUUUUGGUUAGAUAUUUCGGUCUAUUGGCGGUGUUUAAUUUGGUUGGUGGAUUUGCGAUUCUCAUUCAGUGUUGCCGUCGUUCGUGUUGUUGUAGUAGCUAUUUCGAUCGUGAACGUUGUUGGGGUUAAUUCGCUGUUUUUGUCGAAUUGGGGACUUGUUAUUUCGGUGGAUUUUUGCCUCUGCAAUGAGCAGCAGAGGCCGUGGCAAGUGUCCUAAGUGCAAACAAGAGUACUUCAAUCGCUCAAAACCCCCAGAUUGCACAAGCUGCAGCUUUCAUUUAAGAGGCACUUUCGUCCAAAAGAAGAAACCAAAGCAAAGCAAUACUGCGGUUGUGGAAAUUAGUCAAUCCCUUUACUUUUGCCGCAGUUCUGACCAAGCUGACCGUUGCUUUGUUACCUGUGGUGGGGACUCACGGCUGUAGACUACGAGUAGUCCCCCAUUUUUCCUCAGGGAUAGUAGGGCGAGCGAAACACGAGCGCGCGUGAAAAUCACCCCACGCGACUUUUCUCGCGUGGGGUGAUUUUCACACGCGCUCGCGUUUCGCUCGCCCUACUAUCCCUGAGGAAAAAUGGGGGACUACUCGUAGUCUAGUGUAGCUUAGAGAAAUGCAAAGUUGCACGAUCUGUUCAUGUCAACAGUGGUCUUGUGGAUUCUUUUGAAUGCCAGCACAUUAAGGAGGCGAAGAAUAGCUCUGACUGUUGUCCCAUUGUUACACUUUACCCGGACUUGGUCAACUAUCCGUGUAGCGAUGGUGUUCGCCAGGAACUUUCGCGGUUUUUGGUUCUCCUUCAGCCAGUAACCCGCUCGGCUUUUGUCAUGUGCAGAAAGAAGCUCGUACAAAAAACGGGUAUACCUGCACAGGUAAAGAUUGCCGCAGUUACGUGUCCAAGGCUAAAGGUAUUGCUGUGAAGGCGUGUUGCCUUCAUCUUCACCUUCCCUUUGCCUCACUGCGACAAUUUCCCUCCUUGGAUAGUUGUACGUCUUCAGAGUCCAUUUCUGUUCUAGUAAUCGCAGGACCUUCUCAAACUCCGUGGCAUACAUCCUCGUCCAGUAUAGCUGCAGCUGAACCUUCUUGCUCUUCAAGUAGACCCACUGCUUCUGCUUCUUCCUCCUCUAGUACUGCGACCAUACACACUCCUACCAUGUUUGCUUCUUCUUGUUCUGCAACUAUGCACACUAAUCCUGUUUCCAGUUCCAUUCAGAGGCAGUCCACAGUUACUUUGGCUGAGAAGUGUAGAAAACUUCCCUACCAAAUUUAUCAAUGUUCUUAGUUUGCAAGGGAAUCUCAUUGGCAUUUGUAUUUUGUGCUUAAUUGUUCUUUGCAGUUCCUGAUUACAAGCAGCUAUAAUUCUGACAUGUCCAAUCUGGACAGUUGUGAUGCUGCAUCAGCCAGACUAGGGAAUAAUUAUGGGCUGUUAAGAAACAAUCAGUUUUAUUCUAACUUUUUUUUUCAUAUAAAUUAGGAUUCCCUUUUAUUUUUUGCUUUUGAUUCCAGAGAGCACAUGUUCUUGAAAAUAAUAUUCCUUCCUUCCGUUUCUCUCUUCCUGCAGGUCUCUUCAAUGUGUGUGACAAAGUUAUAUCUCUUGACAUCCUUCUUGAAUUCAGGGAAUAUUUCAAAAAAGGGCAUCCCAUUGGAAAUGUGAUCAGUUCUAAGUUGUCAGUGCUGAGAAUGAAUUGAAGAGAGGUUUGUGUAAUUUAGCAAAUAUUUUUUUUCACACAGUAAAUGUACCUCAAUAUAAUAAAUUAACAAUAAACCUUAAGCUCUAUAUAAAAUGAUAUUAUAACAAAGUGCAGGGUACAACGAUUGAUAUUCCAGCCCAGCUGCACCUCACCCCAACACUGCAUAACCUUGGUACAAAAAUUGACAUACUUUAUAACUCUAUUUUGUGUUGCUAAGCUUAAGCCAACAUUGCACCUACCGGUAUAUCAUUUAUUAUUAUAUGGAAAAGCAAUGGAAUCGUCAAAAGUCAUAAUACAUGUUUCCUACGGCUAUAAGUCAUUUUCUCUCAGAGCAGUGUAUUUUCAUUCUUUUUUUACAAUAUCAAUGAUGAAUGUUUUGUAUCCAAGCUAUGUGUAAUUUCCAAUAAUUUUUUCUUUCCUUUUUGUAUAUUCUCCAGGAGUUCUAUCCCACUGACAACCAGCUUGGUCACAUUAUGGAUCUCUUAUACAAUGGUAUCUUCUGCUUUGAGAUCAUCUCUGAACGCAGUCUUGAUGAUGUCGUGUGUGGUAUAUGCGAGAUCUGCCCUGAAAUCUGCCUGGAAGAUGGCAAUGAAAAGAAUUGUUGUUCCAAUGCCCAGGUAUACACCUACAUUUUGUUGAUGUCAUUUUCGAACUACAAAAUUUUCCUACUACCGGCUCAUCCACAGUAAAACAAGCCAAACACAGGCUCAAAUUUCACAUAACUGUUGUUUCUACAUUUCUCUUUCCUUAAUAUUAAUCAUGAUUCAUUUUCCUUUUUUGUUAUUGUUUCUGAUUUUAAAGUAUACAUUGCACAAUGUAACUCCUUACUGUUUAAGCUUGUUAAGUUUUCAUGUCAAGGUUCAUCUAGUUCACACAUACAUUGCUGCUGUAAGUAACCACAUGUACAUUACAAGCAAAUUCAGCAGUAACGGGAGUCACCAUCACAUGUUUAAUGAUGCUUUGGAAGAUCAAUUUACUUGGGUCAAGCACCACAAUGUGUACACUUAUUUUGUCUCGCAUCAGGUCAAAUAGUAUUACUUUGUUUACUUCAGGUGGGUUUCACCAAAAAAAAAAUGAACCCAAGAAGCCUAUGAUCAAUCUGGAUGAUUUUCUAAAGAAGCUGAGACUGCAUUGGCUUGAAUGAGUUGUAUAUAAAAGUGUGGAAAACAAGUUUUGUGUCUCUGUGGAAGAAAUUCCUCCACUGCUUCCUUCCAGUAUGCCAGGAAAUGCUGUCUAUAACACAGAAGCCGACAAAAGCAGUGUCUACUUAGAAUCUAAUUCUAAGCCAUCAGGUUCGUACAUGUAUACCUUGAAUUUUUCAUUUAUGAGUGACUGAUCUAUAUUAUGGAAUAUUUUCUCCUUCAGAGCAAUGCUCCAACAUCAACCCACUGGUACCCCACUCCUGAUACUCACAAAUCCACUCAGUCGCCCAAAUUAUCUUUGUCAGUAUUAGAAGCACAUGCAUAAAUGGCACCUAGAAACUCUACUUGGGAUGUGAAGUAAAUAAAUUUCUGAAUUUUCAGUAAGUUUAGGCUAAAUUCAGAACUAAAGCAGAGAAGAGAUAAAAGGCUGUUUUUAUUCAACAUAUUUGGUUACCCAUUUGCCAGUUUUUCUUUUCCUUUCUUCUAUCACUUUCAUCUCACUCUAUGAUUCUGUAUGUUACAAGAAAUUGUGCACUGUGUAGUCUGCAGUUCCAUUUUUAAGAUUAUAUAAAUUUUUUCUUUUAGGUGACCCUGCUCUUCUUCAUAAAAUUAUUAUUGAUGGUCACAUUGCCAUGGAAAAUCUGGCCAAUCUUUCAUUAGAAGAGAUUGUGAAUGCAUGCACAUCUUGUGCCAUCCAAACUUCUGGAAAGUCAAAGGUAAGGUGGACCUAAUUCCAAUAAUUUCAUGGUUUCUUAGAACUCCUGUGUAUUCAUGUAUGCUAAUGACUGUACGCGAAUUUGCUAAAACUAACCGUACCUGUCCCACUUAAUGGAUUUUUUCCUAACUCGACCCCAUCCCACAUUUUAUUUUUGUUAAUUAUUGUACUGAUUAAUUGAUUGUUCUGGUUGUUUUCUUUUGUCUAUUGUUACAGCAAUUUUUAUGUGAAAAGCUGCAGGCACUGUAUGCCUCCAUCUUAGUGGGUAAUUGUCCUUGCCACCCUUUUGGUAAGCUUGAUGCUUGCCACACUGGAGGUUUUUACCAUUUGGUGUGUUGUCAUGGUGUACGUGCUCAUUUAUUUCAAUGUACAAUUUUGGUUUUCUGCCAAAACUUUAAGGGCCUUUUGACAUGGAGGUGCAAGGGGGAAUGCAGGUAGGUGAAGUAACCUGCUUAGGUGGCAUUAAAAAACAACCCUCCUUUACAUGCCAUCUUACAACCCUGCCAUCCCAGGUGCACUUUCUCACAAUUAUUGAAUGGUCACUUAGCACGUAAAGAAAAAGAAAUGCUGGCAAACCACGCGUUUUGGCAAUUAAUGGUCUCCUACACUCACUUACUGCUCUUGCUCAAAACUCCAGUGAUGUGGCUUUCUAUUGUUGCCUUUAAUAAUGCUGCAAAGCCAAAGUGAAUUUUGUGCGAAUUUGAUGUAUCACGAACCCAAGCCCGGCUAGACGGGUUACCCCACCUUGAAACGUUACAUGGCAAAAUUUGAAUCCUGCUGACAGGGUUACCCGGCCUGGUAGACCGGUCUCCGUGCCUUGACAGGUCACCCCACCUAUCAUGUCAACAUGAUCAAAUUAAAUUGAGAGAUUAUAUGGACAGGCAGGUUACCCUACCUAAUCGGGUUACCUCACAUACCUGGGGUCCCCCACCUCCAUGUAAACAUGCAACAUCCAAGUCUUUUGGCAUGGGUCCAACAUGAUUUGCUAAAAAUAUUUAAUAUUUAAAUUAUGAAAAUAUCUCUUAAUUAAGGCCAAUUUGGAUGGUACGAUUACAACUGUUGCAUGUAACUAGUAUACUUCAUAGCUUCCCGACAAAUUGUGUUGUGUAAAUUAGGACAACAGACAUUCACGACUCAAAAAAUGUCGUAGCAAUUUCAAACAUUUUAAAAUCAAAGGACAAUCUUAGUCAUGCAAGAACCAAGAAAAAUGACAAGUUAUGACGUUUUACUGACGCAAGCGUUUUUGCUCUUCACGUUUCGAUCCAUUCAUUCUCUUUAACGUCUCUUUCCCUUUGUCUUUUUCUCACCCACAACCCUGACCAACACGAUUCUCAUGUCAGCCAUUUUAGCUGUUUUCACAGCAUUGCUUGCGAUAUUUCAUAAUGUUGUAAGUGAAAAUCGCAUGCACAUGUGGAUAGUUUAAAGUCGUGUAGUUGACAUAAUUGCAUGCAAUAGUCGUAACCAAAAAUCUUACCACCUAAAUCGGCCUUUAAACACUUGUAGUCUCUGAUUGUUCACGUGAACAUUUCAAUCAAAAUUAUUUUAAUCUUUUUUUUGCUUUUGUUUUUUUUCAGAGCACUGUGGCAUCCAAAUUUCUUACACUCACAGAAUCAGUCAGGGAUGCUGCAGAUCUUUAUCUCUCCUUGAAGCACCCUCUGAUUGUUUUUAUAAGUGACACUCCAUGUGGGUUUGUUCGUCAUGUUGAGUGUCGUGAACCUUCCACUGCUCAGAAGCUUUGGGGCUCAAUAGCAGGAUGUUUUGAACGACCAUCCUUGGAAAAGGAUCCCGAUGGGGUACGCAAUUUUUUUUAUCCAGGGUAAUUUUUUGUGGUGGGGUUUUUGGGUUUGGAGGUGGAGACAGCAAGGCAAUACUAUAUUAGUAGGUCAUGGUUUCCUUUAGAAUUUUGUCAUUCCAAGUAAUUAAUGCCCAAAGGGCUUUGCUUGUUGUUUACAAGCAAAGCUAUUUGUUCAAGGCAAUAACAUGGACCCUUUGUAUGUCCUAUAUAUUUUGUCCUUUAUUAUUAUUAUUAUUAUUAUUAUUAUUAUUUCUGUACUUUAUUGUGUGUCAUCUGCUACCUAGAGUGUACUUUGACCCCUCCACAUAAAUGAUCCCUUUCCAUUUGACAACACUAUCAUGCCCCAGAUCAGGGACAAGGUAUAAGAGUUAGUAGUCUGCGAGUAAUUUUUCAAAAUAAAAUGGACUCGAGUUGACCCAUUUUGUUUUUUUACCACAUCAGGACCUGAAUUUUCCGUGCAUUGUCCCUGUCGAGUACAGUGAUGGCAGUAACAUGCGUAAAGUCAUUUCAAAUGCUGAUAUGGCCCAUCCUAUUGUGGAUACAAGCAUGCAUUUUGUGCUUGGUGAUCGUUUCCACACAGCAACCAAUCCACACAAGUCUCACCGCUGCAAAUACCACAAUUUGGAAUUGUGUCUUCAAGCCAACACUUUAAAGACAAGUAUUCAGGAAUCCCAAAACAACAUGAAGAGCUAAAGGAGAUUGAGAAGCUCCACAG